GUACUACAAACGAAGCCCACACGCGACAAACCCGUGACCCGCCCAUACUUUGUUGCCAAGUUAAGCAAGCAAGUUACAACAGGAUUGAUCAGAGUUCACAAAUCACAACUCAACGAUCUGGUCUGACUUUACAUGUAUAAAUACACGCCCCACUGAGUUGUAGUAGUUGAUUGUCUGAAACAAAUAAAUAUACAUACAAAUAAGUUAUAAGUAUCCUGUGAUGAAGCUGAAGGCAUGUAUGAGUUUAGUUUUGCUGUUUCUAGUAGCUUUGUGUUUCUUCACUAGUAUCAGUCAUGGAAUUUCAACCUCACGAUUCACUGACCGGCUUAUUAGCAACAGCAAUUAUCUCACCACUACGCCUCUCUGGCUCAAUCAGUCUCUUGAUCACUUCUCGCCCUAUGAUCAUCGUAUAUUUGCGCAACGGUAUUAUGAAUAUACCGACAACUUUCGGAUUCCAGAUGGGCCAAUCUUUUUACAAAUUUGUGGCGAAGCGGCAUGCAAUGGAAUAGUAAAUGAUUAUAUCAGUGUUUUGGCAAAGAAAUUUGGAGCUGCUGUGGUUUCUCUCGAGCAUCGCUACUAUGGGAAGAGUUCCCCAUUCAAAUCCUUUACAACAGAGAAUUUGAAAUAUCUUUCAUCAAACCAGGCACUUUUCGACUUGGCCGUUUUUCGUCAAUAUUAUCAGGAAAAUUUAAAUGUGAAGCUUAACAGAUCAGGCGUUGAGAAUCCUUGGUUUGUAUUUGGUACUUCAUACUCUGGAGCUCUUAGCGCAUGGUUUCGUCUGAAGUUUCCUCACCUGACAUGUGGAAGUCUUGCAAGUUCUGGAGUUGUCCUUGCUAUUUAUAACUACACUGAGUUUGAUCAACAGAUUGGUGAGUCUGCAGGCCCAGAGUGUAAAUCUGUGCUACAAGAAAUUACGACCCUUGUUGACCAAAGGCUUGCAUCAGAUGGAAAUUCUCUGAAGAAAUUGUUUAAUGCUGCUGAGUUGAAAAUUGAUGGUGAUUUUUUAUAUUUUCUAGCCGAUGCUGCAGCCAUAGCCUUUCAAUAUGGAAAUCCAGAUAGAUUAUGCUCCCCUCUUAUUGAAGCAAAGAAGGCUGGAGAGGAUUUAGUGAGUGCAUAUGCCAAGUAUGUUAAUGAGUACUAUGUCAAGAGUUUCGGUGUAAGCACCCAGAGUUACAACCAGAAAUAUCUGAUAGAAACUGGCAAUGAAGAUCGGUUAUGGUGGUUCCAAGUUUGUACUGAAGUCGCGUUUUUCCAGAUUGCCCCAGCAAAUGACAGUAUUCGCUCUUCAAAGGUUGAUACAAAAUACCAUCUGGAUCUUUGCAAAAAUGUGUUUGGAGAGGGGAUAUACCCUAAGGUGGAUGAAACAAAUUUGUAUUAUGGGGGAACAAAAAUUGCUGGUACAAAGAUAGUCUUUACAAAUGGAUCUCAAGAUCCAUGGAGGCAUGCGUCCAAGCAGACUUCAUCUCCAGAUAUGCCUUCCUACAUUAUAACUUGCCAAAAUUGCGGCCAUGGAAGCGACAUGCGAGGAUGCCCGCAAUCCCCAUUGCAACUUGAAGGAAAUGCAAAGAAUUGCAGUGCGCCUGAUGCCGUACACAAGGUCAGGCAACAGAUUGUAGAACAGAUGGACUUGUGGCUGUCUCAGUGCCAAGAUAAAGGCAAAAGUGCCAUUUAAACGCUUUGACCGACAGAAACCAUGCCAGUUUUCAAGAGCUGUAUAGUUCCCAAUCCAUAAAGAUUAUAGUCUGUAUAAUCAAAAUAAAACUAUCCACUAAGCAUAAGUUGUAAAGGUAUGCAUGACCGGUGCUUGUUCAGUAAGGAAUUUGUAAAGUUCUAUAAAGGGUUUCAAGAGCAAUACAUUUGUAUGAGCUUGAGUAUAAAAAUGAUCUGCUUGUUCAAAACUUCAAAAAUUUCGCAAUUGGCUUAAAAUUUAACCCUGGCAA